CCACCUGGGCAGCAUUUCGGUCGCAUCGACUCCAUUUUUUGUGAAUGGGCUUUCAAAAGAGCGAAAUACUACACGGGAAAUAUCCGCUGAGCUCAAAUUUACAUAAUCUAUGUCUACUUUGAACUGCCCCGACAUGUUUUUCUUUCUAGAUUAUCAAGUUACGAAUAGAGAUGAAAGUAAUGAGAGGACCCUCUAGAAAGUUGAAACUUUUCCCAUAGUUUCUGCGACAGAUAUGAACGAAAAGGAAAUGGUAUAUUGCGCUAGAUGGCAUCUGUGGGGAAGGACAGUGGGUGUUGGUGGCGGUGGUGUGGCAGCUUUGUACAGUGGGUUACGCGGUUCAGUGCGAGUUGUACAGAAUUACAACCACCCUCGUCACUGGGGGCUGUUGUUGCUUUGCGAGGCUCCGGGGAACUACAAUCCUCAUUGUUCAGGGAAAUAGUUGUUGGUGAUUUCAAUGCAGCGCUGAUGUAGGUCGUUUAAUAAUACACGAUACGAAACAAAAGAUGGAUUAUAAACGAGCCAAGCUGCUGUGAGAGCGGACGGAUGUGUUUAUAAUAAUAAGUGAAUCAGUGUGAAACUCAAGUUCGGCAUCUCGCCCUCCGCCCUUCCCGAGGAACAAGAGUGACGUCUGUGUCGGUUCUGUCUGCGGGCGAGGCUUCCAACCAAGUUUAUGUGAGUCGGUCGAUGUGUUCCUGCGCAGCCACCUCGCAGUCUCCGUCGAGCGACAGUCUCCUCCCAGAGAGCUCACUCAAGCCUCACGCCCCACCGGCGCCCAGGGAGAGACUCUGGAUGUGAUCGAGGCGUCGCGUCCUCACGAGCGUCGACAUGGCGGUGGCGGCCGGCCUGGACGGGGUGCUGGGGUAUGUGGGGGCCCCGCACCCUUGCGUCACGGUGCAUCUCUUGCUGGCUCUAGGAAUGGCUGUGCUGGGCAUUGGCUCCGUGGAAGUCCUGACGAUGCUCCCCCUGCCUUUGUACGGCUGCUGGGGAGGCCUCUCUCCCUACGACCUUCUGGGCACCUGCGAAGGCAUCGCUCUCCUUCCCGAGACCAGUUUAGAGGACGUCCGGAACGUGCUCCAGUGCAGCAGCAAAAGCUGGCAGCCCAGCACCUUCCCCGGCGGGAUUCUCAUCGGCGUGCGAGUGGUGGUGUCCCUGGUGGCCGGCGUGAGCCUGGACGCCUUCGGGCGGCGGCGGUCCAUCGUGACUUGGAUGGGCCUCUACUUCGUGGUCGCCUUCGCCCGCAGCUUCUCGCCCAACGCCGAGUCCGUCGUCUUCUGCAUCACCCUGGAGGGCGCAGCCGCUCAGGCCUCCACGCUGGCGCUCGUACUCUUGGCUGCCGAGGGGAGCACGCAGAAGGAGUGCGUUCGCUCCGUCAGCCUGGUGUUACUCGGGCAUGCGAUAGGGGUUGCUGGGGCGACCCCCAUUAUAACGCUGUUCGUGCACGAUCCUGUCUACAGACAGAUGGCUAGAAGUCUUCCAUCUCUAGUCUUUGUCCUGUUCAUAUUUACACUUCCCGAGAGCGCUCGAUGGGCUGUCUGCCGUGGCAAAGUCAAGGAAGCGACGCUGAUGCUCAAGAAGUCGCAUCACGUUGCCUUCGACCCGACCAUCAAGCAUAAACUGUCGGCCCUUCAUCAGGAGCAUAAGCUCUCACUGGCUCAGUACGGGUGCUCCGGAAGGGCGAUCCGCGAGUCCCUGUACCCGCUGGUCAAAGCCCGAAGGGUGUUUCUCGGUGUUCUUUGUGUGUUCUCUUUGCGGCCUGGCCUUAGGGUGCGCCUCCGGGGCAAGAGGCAUCUUCGAUCCCCCCGCUUACAACAGUUUUGAGGACAGGCAGAUUGCGUACGGAAUCACUGAGUUUUUGGCAUUACUUCUCCUGGGUCUGGCACUGUCACGGGUUGGAGUGAAAUGGGUACUAGUUUCCCUGAUGUCUUCUCUUUCCGUGGCCCUCCUGCUGACUCGCCUGCU